GCGACCGCGGCGGUGGCGGCGGCGGGGGCGGCGCGGGGUAUGGUCCCCGGGUCCGAGGGCCCGGCCCGCGCCGGGGGCCUGGUGGCCGACGUGGUGUUUGUGAUUGAGGGCACCGCCAACUUGGGUCCCUACUUCGAGGGGCUCCGCAAGCACUACCUGCUCCCCGCAAUCGAGUAUUUCAAUGGUGGGCCUCCUGCCGAGACGGACUUCGGGGGAGACUAUGGGGGAACCCAGUAUAGUCUUGUGGUCUUCAACACGGUGGACUGCGCUCCGGAGUCCUACGUACAAUGCCAUGCUCCCACCAGCAGCGCCUAUGAGUUUGUCACCUGGCUCGAUGGCAUUAAGUUCAUGGGCGGGGGCGGGGAGAGCUGCAGCCUCAUUGCCGAGGGCCUGAGCACCGCCCUGCAGCUGUUUGAUGACUUCAAGAAGAUGCGGGAGCAGAUCGGCCAGACACACCGAGUCUGUCUGCUGAUCUGCAACUCGCCCCCAUACCUACUGCCAGCUGUGGAGAGUACCACGUACUCGGGGUGUACCACUGAGAGUCUUGUGCAGAAGAUUGGAGAGCGGGGGAUCCACUUCUCCAUCGUGUCUCCACGGAAGCUGCCUGCCCUCCGCCUUCUGUUUGAGAAGGCGGCACCCCCUGCCCUGCUGGAGCCACUGCAGGCCCCCACGGAUGUGAGCCAGGACCCACGGCACAUGGUGCUGGUGCGGGGGCUGGUGCUGCCAGUUGGGGGUAGUUCAGCCCCGGGCCCGCUCCAGCCCAAGCAGCCGGUUCCCUUGCCUCCUGCCCCAGCCUCGGGUGCCGCCCUCUCUGCAGCCCCCCAGCAAGCUCUACCCCCUGGCCCACCGCAGUACCAGGUCCCUGGGAACCUGAGCGCUGCUCAGGUGGCUGCCCAGAAUGCGGUGGAGGCUGCCAAGAACCAGAAGGCUGGGCUGGGCCCACGCUUCUCGCCCAUCAACCCCCUCCAGCAAGCCGCCUCAGGAGUGGGUCCCCCCUUCAGCCAGGCCCCAGCAUCUACACUGCCACCAGGGCCCCCUGGUGCCCCCAAGCCACCUCCUUCAUCCCAGUCCAGUCUGGUGUCCACUGUAGCGUCUGGCCCGGGCCUGGCCCCUCCUGCACAGCCCGGGGCCCCGUCUAUGGCCGGCUCCGUGGCCCCUGGCGGGGUCAGCGGCCCUUCCCCCGCCCAGCUUGGGGCCCCAGCACUCGGUGGGCAGCAGUCAGUCCCCAACAAGCUCCUGGCGUGGAGUGGGGUUCUAGAAUGGCAAGAGAAACCUAAGCCAGCCUCGGUGGACGCCAGCACCAAGCUGACCCGGUCACUGCCCUGUCAGGUCUACGUGAACCAUGGAGAGAACCUGAAGACAGAGCAGUGGCCGCAGAAGCUCAUCAUGCAGCUCAUCCCCCAGCAGCUGCUGACCACCCUGGGCCCUUUGUUCCGGAACUCGAGGAUGGUCCAGUUCCACUUCAACAAGGACCAGGAGUCCCUCAAGGGCCUCUACCGCAUCAUGGGCAAUGGCUUUGCGGGCUGCGUUCACUUCCCCCACACGGCCCCAUGCGAGGUGCGCGUGCUCAUGCUGCUGUACUCGUCCAAGAAGAAGAUCUUCAUGGGCCUCAUCCCCUACGACCAGAGUGGCUUCGUCAAUGGUAUCCGCCAGGUCAUCACCAACCACAAACAGGUCCAGCAGCAGAAGCUGGAGCAGCAGCGCGGGAUGGGGGGACAGCAGGCACCUCCAGGCCUGGGCCCCAUUCUGGAGGAUCAAGCAAGGCCCCCACAGAAUCUGCUCCAGCUCCGUGCACCACAGCCCCAGCCUCAGGCCACUGUGGGGGCCUCUGGGGCUGCAGGGCAACCCCAGCCUCAAGGUACUACCCAGGCUCCUCCAGGUGCACCCCAGGGCCCCCCUGGAGCUGCCCCUGGCCCACCCCCUCCAGGACCCACUCUUCGGCCUCAGAACCCCGGGGCCAACCCCCAGCUUCGGAGCCUCCUCCUCAAUCCCCCACCGCCCCAGACUGGGGUGCCCCUGCCCCAGGCCUCCCUCCACCACCUGCAGCCACCAGGGGCUCCGGCACUACUGCCCCCACCACACCAGAGCCUGGGGCAGCCCCAACUGGGGCCCCCUCUCCUGCACCCACCGCCUGCGCAGUCCUGGCCUGCACAGCUCCCCCCUCGGGCUCCGCUUCCAGUGGCCAAACGAAAGAGAGAAGGAGAGGGCCGCGUGUUUCGAGAAAGAUGGGAGCGAGACUAUUUCUUUGUGGAAGUGAAGAACAUGCCUACGUGUUUAAUAUGCAAAAAAAUCGUGUCUGUGUUGAAAGAGUACAACCUGAAGCGCCACUAUGAAUCGCAGCACAGUAAGAGCUACAGCCAGUACACGGAGCAGACACGCGCCGCCAUCCUCAGCGAGCUCAAGAAGGGGCUCAAGUGUCAGUAGGAGCGGAAGGAGUGAUGGGAAGAGAACCCCAGGCAUGAGCACCCCACGAAUGUGGAGAGGAGUUGGAAUGCACGACUGUGAGGCCAGUUGAGUGUCCCUGGCGUUGGCAUGGCGCCUUGAGUUCCGAUCACCAGGGGCUUGCAGGCCCCGGCACCUGGCAGAGUCCCAGCACGUGGCCUUCUCUACGCUGCUCCUAAACUAUGUCCAACCACUUAGCUUUAUUUAUUGGUGGUGUUGAGAAUCUUGAGGUGACCGAAAAAAUGUGUCCGUGGUGCCAGGCAGGCCCUCCGCUGGAACCGGCUUCCUUGGGUCUUGAGACAAGCCGGCGUCCUCAUGCGCAGCAGGCUUCGUAAGCACAACUGCAGGCAGCGGUGGCGACCCCAGGAUCCGUCACCCUGCAGCACCUGCUCAGGACAGAGGCCAGGCCCUCGCCGCCCUCCCGGCACCGAAACCUUUGCCACAGAGCUGUGGUCCAGCCACAGGCCAGUGAAGCUCCAAGCUCUGCUUGUGACAGAAAUCCCAGCGGUUGAACCUGGGGCCAUUUCAGAUCACGCAAAAGCUGCACUGCAGCCCCCCUGUGCCCCCACUGCCUCUGCGGGGCUCUGCACAAAUUGCUCCUUGAACAUGGCCAUGUGGGCCCCAACCCUGCCCGCUCCGGGAGCCAUUGAAAGGCAUUCAUAAUGGGGCUCUUCCUUUGCUGUAGUUGCUUUCUGACUGUGAAAGGCUACUGUCUCCCACACUGUGGGUCCCACACCAGCCCCCCCACCCCCAGGCUCCCCGACACCCCUCCCAGAACGAGCCAAUGUGGGCCCUUUGCCUUGUCGGCCGUGGCCUACUGUGUGAGUCCAGACCGCAGAUUGUGGCGGUAGGGCGCUGGUUCUUAAACACUGUUCUUUUGGAAGACUGUGAGAUUUUUCAGCUCUGUCCACGUUUGGGGGUACCCGCGCGGGUCCAGCAGCUGUUUUCCGUUACAACUCUGACUCAAAUACGGCUCCAGUUGAAGGACUAGAGGCUGGUUCAGUACCCAUGGCCCACCCCACCGCCAUCCACGGCCGGCUUCACCCCAGCCCUCCAGCCGCAGCUCAGAGGAGCAAGAGAAUUAUGACAGAGCGAAAUUUUAAUAAUUAAAAUAUUUCUAUUUUUCAAUUUGUAUUUUUUCAAUUUUGAAUUUAAAGCAUAAGACAACAGUAUCAUACAUGUUUGUAUUCUGUUCCGUGCCUUCACCGUAGUUGAGUAAAGAUCCAAUUUGAUUUUA